AAGCGUUUAGAUGUUUAUAGCCCGGCCUCCAGCAUUAUGAGACUACAACUGAAAUGAAAAGGGCUGGGUUUUGAAGAUGAUACGGCUCUAAAAACUUUCAAAGUAGUGAGAAGGAGGCUUUGUCCAGCUUUUGGCAGGAAUCGGGGUUAGCAAUACCUCAGCGGUUUACUGCGGCCAAGAGGGCGCGGGGCCGCCCCUGUUGCCCCGCCCCAGUUGCCCUGCCGUGAGCUAGAGUGGACGUCUCUAUGGUUGAGUGAACAUAGAGUGGUUCCUCUCUUCCUCACGCCGUGGAGUUGCGCAUGAGCAGUAGCCGCAUCGUUGGAAAAAUGGCGGAGGAAGAGCCAAGGAAAAAAAUCCCUUUGGUUCCGGAAAAUCUCCUGAAAAAGAGGAAGGCUUAUCAGGCCCUCAAAGCCACCCAGGCAAAGCAGGCGCUUUUGCAAAAGAAGGAGCAGAGGAAAGGAAAACAGCUCAAGUUUAAGCGACUAGAAUGGUUCCUGCAUGAUUCCUGGCGGCAGCUACGUGACAGGGUGCGCCUCAGACGACUAGAAGUGAAACCGCAUGGCUUGGAAAUGCCAGAUAAACAUUCCUUGGCCUUUGUUGUACGCAUCGAAAGGAUUAAUGGGGUGAGUUCACUUGUGCAGAGGACCAUUGGAAGACUUCGCCUGAAUAAGAUUUUCAGUGGUGUCUUUGUGAAAGUAACCCCUCAGACCAUAAAAACACUCCGUAUAGUGGAACCUUAUGUCACCUGGGGAUUUCCAAAUCUGAAGUCUGUUCGGGAACUCAUCUUGAAACGUGGACAAGCCAAAGUCAAGAAUAAAAUCGUCCCUCUGACAGACAACACAGUGAUAGAGGAGCACCUGGGGAAGUUUGGUGUCAUUUGCUUGGAAGACCUCAUUCAUGAAAUUGCCUUCCCGGGGAAGAAUUUUCAGGAGAUCUCAGGGUUCUUGCGCCCUUUCCAGCUCUCAGUGGCCCGUCAUGCUACCAAGAAUAGAGUGGGCUUCCUCAAGGAAGUGGGUUCACCUGGCUAUCGAGGUGAACGCAUCAACCAACUCAUCCGGCAGCUGAACUAAACCCAGCACAGCGCAUUGGAAGCAUGUGUUUUUUGUUUUAUGGUAUUGUUACCCAGUAUCUUCAGAGAAGAUUAUUUUCUGCUAUAUCUUCAGAAACUGAAGGGGAAGGGUCGGGGGAAAGAUCGUGAUGUUCACAGCAGACACUUUUCAUCCCACCCCAAUUCCAAGAAAAAGUUCCUGUGUGUUUUCUGUGUUGCCCACCGUGCACCUCUGGGAUCAGCAAGGACUCAUGCCAUGGAGGAGGGAGACCAUUUUGUUCCAUCUUCUGCCCAGGGGCUUAAUGUUGGUGAAUAAAUACCCAGGUAUGACUACAGGACAGCAGUGGACCAAGCCCAGGGACAUACUUGAACCUGGCUGUUUCCAGAGCCUUGUUUUGGAAAGAACUUGAAAUACAACUAGAAAGAAUCACGCAAAAACAUUGCUUGGUUGUCUGUGCUGUGAGUCCGUGUUCUAACUUCAGUGACAGCUUGGCAAGCUCCCAGACGUGGCUGGCUCUAGGUGUAUCUGGUGGCUUCCUUAUCUCUGCCUGCAACUGGCUUAGUGCUUUUCUCUAGCUCAGGGGUUUAGCUUAUUUUUGGAUCUAUGAGAAAGCGAGGGUCUCUCCCCAGGAAAACACCCAUAAACUCAGUAAGUUUAGGGUGUUCAUAGACCUCAGGGACCAGGCACCAUCUGUGACGAAGUCCUGCGCUAUCAGGAUUGGUCACUCAGGCUCUGACCUUGCUAGCUUCCUCUGGUUCCAUACCCUGUGGACGACCAAAGCUUGUUACCAAGGUGGCUUUUUCCCUUUAAGCCAAAUGGGUGUUUCCUAUUAUCACAGCGGUAGCUGCUGAGCCCCUGUGCCAUUUCUGACUCGGGGAAAUGCCUAACACUUAUUUUUUCUGGGCUUCAAGAUGGAAUUUUCUGGUUUCCCUGAUGAUCACUCUCCGUUUUCAAACCCAAAUCAGGAAGAGUGAACCAUUUUCUUGGUUUGCCGUGGAUGAAGUUAGCACUAUUGGGUCUUUUAGGUCCCAGGCAAGCAGCUUAAUGGACCCUUUCCUUACAUAUUCUAGACUCCAAAAGUAGUGCCCACUGCCCUGCAGGUAAUGAUGGAAACCAACACUAGGGCUUCUGGAGUGUUCGACCUAAUAAACCAGGUGAUCUGAUCCCACUUGUGUUUGUCAUCAGUGUGCACCCCUAAAUGGGCCUUCCCUCUGCUCCUGUCACAAGUUGCCUCAAGUUGUUACCUAAGCAGUUGGUGAAGGUGUGCCAGGCCCAGCUUAAGAGCUGAAAACACACUUACCAUUGUCUCCUGGUCCCUUAAGUCCAGCUCUGCUACAGUUUUGGCUCAUGGGGCCCUCUGGCUGUGAGACUGAGUUGAAAGUAUUAACAGUGCCUUAAGAUGUGCCAGAUUAUGAGGUAAUUAAGUUGUAAUGAUGAAAAAUCAACCGAUUUAAGGAAGAAACGGAAAAUUACUUGAACAAAAUUUGAGGAUUACAACCCAAGAAGAGCAUCUCAGAAAGCUCAGAACUAUUCCACCAGUUAGAGGUCAAGACAUGGAAGCUUUUUGAAACAGGGCUGUACAUCAAGUGAUGUAUUGACAGUUUCCGUAAUCCACAUCUGCGCACUCUGUGACCCCUUAUCAAGAAGGAAUGUUGUCUUUAAGGAGCUGUCUUAGGUGAAUGGGGCUCUUUAUGGUUGAGUGGACAUUCUGCCGAUGAGGAAGUUUUGGUCAAUAAUGCAGAUACACAAUGCAGUGUGGGGAGAGGGAGGCCAAAUGUGGGGAGAAUUGUUUAAAUUGUACUUGUCUUGCCAUAAAACAUGUAUUACACAGUU